AUGGCCCUAGCAGUGUCCGGCUCAUGCCGCCUGUUGAGCCGCAGCCUCGCGUCUGUCCUGGCGUUGGUCUGCGGGUUCGCCAUGACCCGUGGGUCACAAGCCCAGUUUUGGGGCAGCCUCUUCAACUGGGCCACGGUUCCACCUCGGUCGCCUUCGGCAGCCAACUCCGCACCAGAUCCCUCCCCGGGCCCCGCGGAAAUCCCCACUGACUGGCUUCCGCCCCCGCCGGCGUUCGUGCCCACCGCCCCCUGUGUGGCCGCCUUUGAUUUCGAUGGUGUGCUGCGGGCCGCUCCUCCUGAAGCGAAGGACCAGAACGUGCCGGCCCCGGAGGCCAGGAGCGUCAUCCAGGCAUCCAAGAACGCCGGCUGGGAGAUCGCGAUAUGCAGCGCCAACGACAGCCCCGCAACCAUGAAGCUGGUACUAGGGCAGCGAUUGGACCCCGUCACGUUCUCCCCCCAGUUUUUCAACUCGCCCGCCUUCCAGACGCAUAACGACGACAAGUCGGUUACGCUCACGAACUUGAUCCGCUACUACGGCACGAGCCCACAGUGCGUCAUGUUCUUCGACGACAAGGGCUGGAAUAAAGACUACGCUAAGCAAGUCGGCGUCAUCUUCAUCCACACACCUCCAGAAACGGGCAUUACCUACUAUGACUUCCAGCGCGCACAGCAGGCCAUUCCACGGUACUGCAAAUGCGCUGCUUAG